CUCUCUUCAAUGACGUAUAUAUUACAUAGAGCGCGUAACUGUUGGCUAUUUGAGAAGUUGCUCUUUGGUUCCAUAGUGUUGGGCUUGUAUUAGUUUACUACCGUUUCUGUUAAUUAAAUAUGUUUGCAUCUCCUCGGACUCCCACAGGUUCUUCUCGUAGACCCCUUGGUACCCCUGGUUCGCGUAUUUCUACAGCUGGUAGGAAAAGCGUGGUAUCUUCUAGUACACCUGGGAGCACUUUCUUUUCGCCUGUUCGGAGAUCGUCUUUACCGGCACGAGGUACGCCUUCAAGAUCAGGGCAACAUUCUACUGUGGGUGAGGCACUAAAUUAUGAUGUGCAGACCUUUGGAGUUUCUCUUCCUGUGAAAGUUAUGGAGGCAUUAACUGUUGCUGAAGAUGAUGAUCAGCUGAGUGCCAAAUUAGAUCAGACUGGAUGGUGCUGGAUGGUCUGUCUGGAGAGGCUGCUUGUUUGGAAGACGAGGCAGUCACAAGUUACAAAGCUGUCUGUCUGUAAAGAACUUCAGUUGCCACCUAGUGACUUCCGUUAUUUUGCUGAUUUGGUGGCUGUGAACUCAUCAGGGGAAACCACCACUGCACAGUCCAUGACCCUACUAGCUGCCACCUCAGAGGGAACAGUCCGAUACUGGCCAAGUCUUGCACAGGAAGCAUCCUACACUGAGCUGUCAAUUGACUUUGGAGGGAGUUUGUGUAAUUUUGUUACUGCUAUAAAGGGGGGUGGAUUUGUGUUGUCCUCAACCAAAAAUCAGUUGGUGCGCUUGAUUCCAGAUAGCUCUGGUAGGAUAUACCACAGAGUACUCCAACAGGGACAUGGUGUUUUAUCUGGCCUUGGGCGCAGAGUUUCUUCACUUUUUGGGAUUCUGUCACCUGCUCUGGAUGUUACUCUGCAGUGUGUCCUUUGGGAUGGAGAGAGUGGAUGUUUAUACACACUCACAAGUUCCAGCGUGAAUAAAUGGGAGGUAGAUGAGACUUCUGAAAGGCAGAUUUUCAGCUGGGAGAGUAGCAGAAUUUUGAAGGAACAUAUUACAGAUGCUAUAUGGGGUUCAGAACGUGACUAUGAUGUAAUUAAACAACGGAUCAGCAUACGUUUCUUGGACCUGCAGUUGAUAAAGAAAGGACUUGUCAUUCUUGCAGCAGCCUGGCACCUUGAAGAUAGUCCAUGUCUGACUUAUUAUUGUUUGAUCACAGUACAAGAUGAAGGUUAUAAUAUGUCUGAUGAUUUGACCAUAGAAGUUAUCAGACACAGUCCAUCAUUCCAGUCUGAAGAUGAAGUAGAAUGUCGAUUUCUGUGUCCAGAGAGUUCUAGUCAAGCUGCGUUCCUGUAUGGUGAAGAUUUUGUGUUUGCUUGUUCGACUGGAACAGGAAGAGGCUCUCUGCCUCAGGAAGCAAUUGCUUUUAGUAGCCCAGGAGAUGGUAUCUUGGGUGCAGGAUGUUGCAUGCAGCUGCCAGUGUUUUUCUCAAGAAACAGUGGCUUAGUGGCUAUUACUGCAAAAGAAAAUGCCUCCAUUCUGCCUGAAGAUGUUGAAGAAUCCAUACUUUCCUCAGUAGCUGAAGGUGGACCUCAGGGUUCUGUAUGGGAACCAUCUGUGAAGAUGGAGAUGGUAUCCUGGGAGGAUAAAGCCAGACUGCUGAAAAAUGCUUUUUUACAGUUCAGUAGGAAAGACAGUUUGACUGCACAGCAAAUAGUUGAAGAACUUUUUCCAUCUGCUAUGGAUUUGCAGGCAGAUGUGGAGCUUGACAGAGCUGUGUCCCGAAUUGGUCUAGAUUUAAUCGAUGACUACCCUGCAUCUGACCCCCGCUGGGCAGAAUCUGUUCCUGAUGAAGCAGCUGGAUUUAGCCAUACUUCCCUUAUUUUGUUGCAUCAGUUAGAAGAUAAAAUGAAAGCACAUUCCUUCUAUAUGGACUUUCUCAAUCAGACUGGAUUGUUAACACAACUUGGCACUUCAACUGUAAGAGACAUGCCAAUGGCAACUCGAUUUCUUUUAUGCGAGCAUGCAGAGAAGCUGUCUGCUGCAAUAGUUCUGAAAAACUAUCACUCCAAACUUCCAGAACUCUUAAACGAUGUUAUUUUAAAAGCACUGAAGAAGAUCAAUGCCAAUAUUCCUGACAAUCUGACUGCUGCAGAUGUCUUCUUCAGACAGGCUUCCCAGAUUGAUUUAGUCUUUGAAUGUUUGCUGGAAAAAGAAGAGAAGGUUUUGAAGGAGAAAAUGGUUGAAUCUGUCGAGUGGGGUCAGAUUGUUGUGGAUGUCAACAAUAUCUUAAAGGACAUGCUUCAAGCAGCUGUACAGCACAGGCAGAGUAUACUGUCUUUAUAUGGGAUAGGAGAGCAUAGUGAAAAGGAUCCAGAGUAUAUUCCUUGGACUGCUUCGUGUGGCCCUGGAGGAGUCCGUCCUGUCAUUAUGCAGCAGCAUGAAAUUGUCCUCAAAAGGGUUUAUCCUCAGGCAGACAGUGCAUUGCGCAAUAUCCUCUUAGAACAGCUGGUGGCUUUGUUGGACUGCUUCCUAGAUGGCUAUGUAUCUCAACUGAAAUCUUUGGAUCGUCAGAAUGCGCAAGAGAGAUAUGAUGAACUGGAAAUGGAGUACACUCAGAAGCGCUCAGAACUUCUCUCCCCACUGUUAACCUUAGGACAGUACCAGUGGGCUGCCUCCUUAGCAGAGAAGUAUUGUGAUUUUGAUAUUCUUGUGCAGCUGUGCGACCAGACUGACAACCAGAGCAGAUUACAACGCUAUAUGACAAAGUUUGCAGACCAGAAUUUUUCAGAUUUCCUGUUCCGUUGGUACAUAGAAAAAGGAAAACGAGGAAAACUCUUGUCUCAGCCAGUUGCACAGCACAGCCAGUUGGCCGGCUUCCUACAAUCACAUGAGCAUCUCAGCUGGUUACAUGAGGUCAACAUUCAAGAUUAUGAAAAGGCUCAUCUUACAUUGCAGGCCCUUGCUAGUUUGGAGUCAAGAUACUUUGCUAAAAAGAAGACCCUUCUUGGGCUGUGUAAACUAGCAGCCCUAGCAUCAGACAUGCAUGAUAAUGCAUUGCAGGAGGCAGUGGAUGGCAUUUCAGAACAAGAGCAAUUCCUUCUUUAUCAAGAAACCUUGCCCAAGCACUUGUUGGAGAAAAAAGGCUUUGCACGUGAAAUGAUGCCUGUGCUGUCCGCAUCUCACCUUAUAGAACUUUACGUAUGUGAAGAAAAUGAGCGUGCUAAUGAAUACGAUUUCAAGAAAGCACUUGAUCUACUGGAUUAUAUUCAUGAGGUAGGUUUUAGUAUACUUUUCUUAUUUUUAUGUAAAAAAAUGUAG